AUGGAUUUUCUCUUUGUUAUUUUUUCUCUUUCGCUAUUAUUUGUUAAUGCAAUAUGUGAACAAAAGGAUCGAAGAUGUCCUGAUAAGAACUAUCCAAAAAAUGCAUGUUCGGUUCUCGAUGACUGUGAAAUUGGGGAGUUCUGUUACAGAGAUAUUCCGAUGUCUUCAAAUGAAACAAAGAAUAUGUAUGGAUGCUGUAAAACCCGCUGUGUUGGAACUGAUAUGCCUCAUGGAUGGAAAUAUGAAGAAGAGAGUCAAUCAAUGAUUUCGUAUUGUUCUAAUUUAACCGGGUUAUUCUAUUUGGAUAAAGUAGAUAUAGAUCCGAAUUUAACGAAGGAAGCAUAUGGAUGUUGUCCAUUACCAAUCAGUGAUUUUGUAUAUGGAAAGAUGUCUGGAGUGUUAGUCAAUCGGACAGAAGCACUUCCAUCAGGAUGGUCACUUUUGGAAACUGGCGAAGUAACUGGAUUGAAAAAGUGUUGUACCAUCAACGAUUGUAGUUCGAACGAGUACUGUGGAAGGGUUCGAAACCCUGGAAAUCUGAAAUUAGUUGAUGAAACUUCCCAAAACUGUACGGCAAAAUCACAAAGAUUUGAUGAAACUGAUAGAUUUCUAAGGUUUUGUUAUAAAUAUCCAAACAUCAGUUAUGACCACAUUGGAAUCACACAACGACAGAAAGAUUUCAAUCUGAAAGACCUCCAACUCUGUAAAACGAGCAAAGACUGCUGGAAUAACACUCAUUUCUGUCGCCAUCCAAAAGAAGGAGACGUCGGUGUCUGUGUUCCUAUAAUUGGCAAUUUGAUCCAGUCUUCCGGAGCCAAAGAAGCAUUUUUAGUGAAUAAGAAAAACGGUUGUGAGAGUGUUGAUGAAUGCGAUGAGUUAGGAAUCAAAUGGUUUUCUUAUCAAUGUGAAAAACCUGUAUCUAAUCGGUCUCAGACAGGAAACAUUUGUGUAGGAUACGAGAUCCUGUGCUCCGAAACGGCCCUUUUCCAACAUGGCAAAAAUUUCGGCUGCCAGAACGAUCAUGAUUGUGCACGAAACCAUUCGAAUGACGAUUCGCACUUUCCGAUUUGUGUACAAAAUCCAUUUGAGAAAAGAGAAUCAGCAUGUUGCUAUGAGAUGAAAUCUUGUCAGUAUGAUCUGGAUCUGAAGCCUUAUGGAGUGUCACCAUUGAACAAGCAGAUGUGUUCAGAUGAUCGAGAUUGUCAAGAGUUGGCAGAUGAUAUGAUGACGAAUCAAGUCUCUGGUAAAAAGAGAGUUUUCUGGGGUCGUUGCAUGGAGGAACUGGAGAAUCACCUCGGUAAAUGUUGUAUUGCCGACGUCUCCACACUAUGUUCCGUCGGCAAAAGCCUCUUCCCAGUUCAAAAAUGUUCGAACCAUUCGGAAUGUGGAUGGAAUCCAUUCUUUGAAGGAAGAACUUCUUGGUGUGGAGAUGAAGGAUACUGUUGUGAAGAUCACGAAGGAGAGAGAAGUUGGAUGUGCCCGGAUGGCAAAUCUAUUCGCUUAGAACAACCAAAAUGCGAUUCAAAGGAUGGAGAAUGGUGCGAAGGACGAGCAGGGUCAUGUCUUAUGAAUCGGUGUUGCCCUAUGGUGAAGCCAGAAGGGAAAGUCAUCCGUGUUUGGGCCGAAACUCCCUGGUACUAUUCGAACCUUUCUUGUACUGAUACGUUUGAUUUACCUGAUGACAUGGACAUGAUUUAUUGUGAUCCUAAACGAAAAGUUGUAACUCGAAUGACACGUGGCGAUAGCUGGUUUGCAUCGAUCAUUGCCAUUCAAAACAUGUACUGUUCCAGCAAUAAAAACUGCACAGAAAUUUCGGAUAGUUUAGUUUGUGUUCGUGAGGUGAACAACUUGCAGAGAUGCCACACAUAUUAUGAUCGGUACACCAAAUGGUAUCUUUUCAUCUUUCCAACCACACUUCUUGCUCUGUCAAGUUUCAUGUUCUCCUAUUUUUGGCGUCAUGAUUUGAAGCAUGUCAUUGAAUCUCAGACGGAAGUGAUCAGAUGA